AUGAAUCCACAAGUGGACAAGGUGGUGAGAAGAACGACUAUGGUGGCCACAGCUGUUGCGUCUUACUUACUCCUCACCGCUGAUUACGGCCCCGAGCCUAACGCUCUCGAUCCUAUCAAACAGAGAAUAGUAUCAGCUCAGGAUUCUGUCAAGGAGUUGUUCUUUCCAUCAUCCAAGCACAAGUAA